CGAUAGCAACAGGAUUUCUAACCCUUUUUAGCAUGGAUGACAAAACAUGAUCAGAAAUGUCAGAAAGUUUACAAUUCAUCUUCUACGAUGCUAACUUUUCCUUAAGCUCUUUGAUUUGAUUAAGCCCAAUAAUCUAUUCUUUCAUCUUAUAUAUACUCCAAUCCCACUACCAAUGUUUGCAAGAAAAGGUCCUCCGAGCUCGAAGAACCUGUGAAGCAUGGCCAGAGCAAUGGAGGGCAGCAAUGUGAGCAAAUUAGUUUUCUUAGUGGUGGUGAUAAUUGGCGUUGUGGUGGUGGGAAUGAGCGGUGAGGUGGAGGGAGCGCUAUCGUGCUCAACGGUGGUGUCUGAUUUAACUCCCUGCCUCAACUACGUGGCGGGGAGCGCUGCUCAGCCUACGCAGGGAUGCUGUAAUGGCGUUAAGGCUCUCAACGCCGCCGCUAAAACUACGGCUGAUCGGCGAUCUGCAUGCAAUUGCAUUAAGUCUACUGCGGCGUCCACCAAAGCUAACUAUAAUAAGGUUGGGAAGCUGCCUGGUCUCUGUGGGGUUAAGCUCGGCUAUACCAUAACACCCUCGAUUAACUGCAACACGGUUCCCUGAGAUCUGUGCGUGGCGGGUUUGUCGUUAGCAAACCUUGGAUUCCAGUAUAGUUAUUUUACCUAUUUUGGAAGUUGUAAGAGAUUAGUAGUAUUACUAUUAUUAGAGCUUUGGAUGAGAUUGAGUGGAUAUAAAGAUCACUUUCUUAUCUUGAAAUAAAUGAAUAAUGUAAAUCAUUAUUGAAGUAAAUAAUAAUAAUUAUCUUAUUUUAAAAUCUGAUUA